AUGAAUCUGCCAUCCUCAGUGAAAGCGCCGGACGCAGACUCGCCCCACUCCUUCCGCGCAGAAAGUGAGGCGGCGACAGCGCACAAGCCUCUGAACCUUCGCUCCACCUCACCAGCCGCGUCACACCUACCAUUGGUUCGCUCUUCUUUGUCCUCCUCGCUGUCGUUGUCUCUCCAGCUGCAUCAUUCAAGUAGCCUCGCCAACAGUGCAGCUCUGCCAGGAGCUCGUCGGCGGACGGAUAACUCACCACUGCGGCCGCCACAGGGCGCGGCAGUCGGCAUCGCAGAGCUUGUCGCGCCGCACGUGCGACAGCUGUACAACACAGAGGUGCGCUCCUGUGGCCACCCGCAGCGACUCUACAUCAAGGUUCCGGUAAGCCUGAGCAGUAGGGCAACGGAAAGGGACCGCCAAGGCGGGGGUGCACCACUACGCCAUAGCGCAGCCCCUGACACAGAAGGCACGGAGGCAGCAACCCCACGUCACCCAACAGGUAGCCCAGUACACGCCUUCGCGCCUCCUCUCGCUCCUGUCAGCAACACCACCGCGGAGGCCACCCCGUCGGCGAGGGACGCUCUCCACCGACUGCCAUCACCGCCCUCAGCGUCUCCUGCAGCGUCGGUGUCGCCCUACGGAACCGAGAGUACGCGGGUGUCGCUGGGAUCAGAGCCGCUGCCAGUGAUUGUGACCGACGGGGUGCACACCCCACCCUCCUCAGCGUCCGCCUCCCCCGCGCCCGCGGAAACGGCAGAGAUGAGCGAUACCAAAGCCCACCGUGAAGAUGAAAACAACAAGCAGCUCCCCCACGAGCCUCAGCAGCAACACCAACGCCGCGGCGGCAGCGAAAGAGGACUGCACUCCGCACCACCACUGAUGGAGGCGCAAACGCUGAUCGCGGCCCCCUCAACGCUCAUUCACGCGACCUCAUCGAUCCUCCCUUCUCCGCACCAGCGUUCCGUCUUAGGAGGCACAGAGGAGCGCGACAUCGACGUGAACGCGCCAGUGGAGAACACUACACACCACAUUGCAAGCGUCCACACGAGCCCUGCCGAGGUUCACCUGAUGCAAGAGGGGGUCCCUUCGGCAGUGACGCCAUCCUGGGUGGGCCGCGAGGCUGCAGCAGCAACGGAAGGCACCGUGAAUUAUUCUCCACCAGCGUCGACUGCGUCCUCCGUCACCAGCCGCGAGGAGCUUGUAGGCGAUGACUUGGAUGACAAGGCUGGUAGCGACGACCGCGAAGUAUCCGGCGAUGUGCGCAGCCUGCCGGAGAGCGAGGUUGAGGGGUGGCUGUUGGGCGCUUCAGUCCAACCAUCAGCCACUGCAGAGGUGGAACAGCAAGAGCGACCUCACUCAUUGCAGCUCACCAAGGCAGAGACGCCGGAGAUGUCUCCGUCGCUGAGCAGAAGCGGUGAGGAACUCCAGGAGAAUGUGUCGGUAGAUACGAGCCGAUCGCCUGUCGAUUCCUCUCUCCCACGUAAACUCUCAACUCUGCAGCACAGCGACGAUGAUGGCGACGCGACGGUGGAGGCAGUAGUGGUGGAACUGGCCCAGCAGCAGCAGUCAAGGUUUGAGGACAUCACGGUGGCCGAGCGCACUAUCCCCCCCGCUGCCACCUCGUACUCCCCAGUAGAGCUACUGGAAGGUGAAGUGGAGCAGGCUCUCUCGGCCUUGGCUAAUCCUGAGUCUUCAGCUGUCAGCGACGGCAGAGCCGACAACGAUGCCGUAGAUACCGUGAUGCCGGACACAGACGCGCUUGAGGGUGUCGGCGCUGCCGCCGCUGCGGAUGUUGUGGCGAACGUGGUGAACACACGGCAGCUGGUAGAGAGCAGCGACGUCAGUGACGCGGAAGGCGACUGUGCGGUCGAGGAACUAGUUGAAAGUGCUGACUUCUCUUCGGCAAAUGACUUCGAAAGCGCAUCACGGAGCGUGCUGGCCGAUGCUGUCGCUGGCAGUGAAGAGGUGAUGGAGGAUGUGCAGAAGCAGCAACACAGAACGCUGAUCCCAUGUGCAGUGGACGCGAUAGUGUCAGCGAACAGUGUGGCGGCUCGCUCUUCCUCGUCUGGUCGCGUCCUCAUGCCACCACCGAUGCCGCGCGCAGUACCUGCAGAGAUGACCACCGGCGGCUACGCUGGCCGCAUUUCUUCCUCGGAGGUGUCGCGGGUGAGCGGCAUUGAAGCGGACGCCGAGGCGCACCUGCGCGGCUAUUUGGAUGACAAUGUCGCAACCUGCGGGGCGGCGCGUGCGCGCGACACAUCGUCCUUGACCACAACGCUGCCACCGCCACCCUCGGUCGUUCACACAACCGACAUGUGGCGCUGGCCCCCGCAACCCGCUUCCUACGACAGCAGACGUCACCACCACCAUCAGCUGCGCGACGGUGGACGGCAGCAGUCGUGGCCACUGGGUGCCCUCUUCCAACGCCGUCCUGUCGCACGUGACCUGCUGGCGGAUGUGAACGCCAUGUAUGACGAAGAAGAUUCAGGGGGGAAGUACACUGCAUGGCAGCCACGCAGUCUAGCUCAGGGCGAGGGCAGCGACAAUCGCCUUUUACCACAGCAUGCAUCACCGUCAGCAGCAGCAACGACUCCGCCAAGUCUGCCCUCAGUGGUCACCGCUGACACGCUCGUGCUGGCGCACCGGCGCAUUAUCGCAGACUCGUCUCUCAACGAGCUGGUGGAGCUCGAGCGGGAAGGCCGGCGGAUGAUCAUCUUCGACAUGCUGCAAGACAGAGAGGCAGUGCUGCAGGAAGAAGAAGUCGACUUCAGCAUCCUCUCGCUGCUGUCUCACCGCGCGCUGACAGUCGCGGCGGCGGCGGUGCCGCGGCCGGCCUGGGUACCUCCAUUGUCACCGUCGCCUCUCUCCCCACCCACCCCCAACUCCAUAUCGCACUCCGUGGCGGCCUCAUCGCUUGCAGGCUUUAUGGUACCCCCGCCAAGUGGCGCGGAGGUCGAGCAACUGCGGCGCGCGCGUGCACUACCCGGCUGCUUCUCGCUCGGCAUCGUCAGUUCGGCCCUGUUCGCCGACGAGCUACUACAGCGCGAAAUUGUCGAGGGUGAGGAGGACAGCGCACGCACGAUGCUCCAGCGGCUUUCCCAGUGCGACGCAGAUGCGCUGAAUCCGUGCAGCAUCUUUAUGCAAGAAGCACUGGCGCGCCAGCGGCUGAUGGCGAUGGCGCAGCUCGAACUUCAGCAGACGUGGUUGCUGGAGAACUCGCCUGCAGCUGGCGCUUUGGAGCUGCUGAGCAUUGGCCGUGAGUUAGGGCUUUGCUCCAUGAUGGAAAACGACGAACGCCGCAAAGUGAUCGAGAAGGCAGAGCAGCUGGGACGGCAGCGGCUGCAAGAACUGCACUGGCGUGGCGUGGCAGCUCGACUGCGCCAGUGCGAGCUGCUGCGGGCCUCCAUAGACGUGGCGCUGCGCGAUGCCAUCGAGGACGCCUUGUUUGACGAGACGCAGGCACGUGAGGAGUUGCGGGUAGAGGCGAUUCGCGAGAUGACGAGGCUACUGGAGUCGGCGAGUGGCACCGCGGUGCGAGGUGCUAUGCGUCAACGUCAUCAGCAGCGGGGCACGACACCACAGCGCUGGAAUGAAAAAGCGCACGUGUUGGCAACAAGCGUGGCGCCGUUGCAACUUUCUGCCAGGAGCGCAGCAGCGGAUCGAGAAAGUGACGCGCCGGUCGGAAAGGACGACGAUAGCGACUGGGACGUCAUGGCGGAGGUAGUGAGCGACUUUUACGGUGGCUGCUCUGCUGCGGGCUCCGACGCAGAGCGGCCACCUGUCUCCGCAUCCUCCCUGUCUUCCCCUACCACAACCACUGUGUCCUCCUCACUGCCCAUCUCUGAAGCGUCGCCAGAACAUCACAUGGCGACCACAGCAGUUACAGCGGCAGCGGCAGCGGCGGCGGCGAACGAUGGCCCGGCUCUGGUGGCAGUCGACGCACCGAACUUCUUUGAGUGGGAUCCAACUUCGAACUCUGCCUCCUCUCCCUCGACGGGGUCUAAAGCGCGAAAGCCUCAUCCGUCAUCAUCUCAGCAGCAGCAGCACACGUCGACCUCUUCUCCUUCACUGCACUUGACCCACCUGACGGCGCUGACGACCACAACCGCAGGGAAUACAACGGGCGUCACCACGAGCAGCGGCGGUGGCACUUCACAAGGGAGACAAGCGCCUGCCACACACGCAAGCGGCAACACGACGUCCGAUAGUCGUCGGUCACCGACGACGGUACUGCCGACAGAAGAAGAACAGCAGAAGCUCUUGUGGGGGCACGAGCGCGUUAGCCCUGCUGAGGUGAGCGCGCUGCGGCACGCGCUGCGGUGCGCUGAAGCAGCGGCACGGGACAGGUACCGCGCCUCGCGCUGGGCCGAGGUGAUCAUCGAGGAAGGCAAGGCAGCGCCAGCAUGGCAGCACGACCACGAUAGCUCGACAGUGGUGUCGGCGGCGAACCUCCACGAUGGGGUAGCAGAGAGCCGCAGCACACCACCACCGCUUUCCCUACGCAAGCAGCAGCACCACAUGGACAGCGUUGACGGUGUGGCUGAUGGGCCACGCCAGCCACGUACGGCGUCGCACUUGGGUCACGCCUCCACCACUCGUGGCCCACUCUUCAUCAACCGUCACACGAUCCCCUGCUCUCUGUGCCGCUCUCCUCGCCGCAACUAUGCUGCACUGACGGGGAAGUACACCCUACAGCGUGAGCCUCAGUCAUCCUCGCCACUGCUUGCAGCUGCCACCAUCUCGACCUCAUCGCCUUCGACGCCCUCGUCAUGCUCGCCCCGUCCGUACGCGGAGGGGGACGUAUACGCGUACCACCCACAACGGACGCGGCACAGUAAGCCGGCACGCUGCGCUGCAUUUGAGGGGCACCCCGAUCCUCGCGUUCCAUGGGAGCGCCCCGGCGAAAACAUCGGCGACGAGGCGGCCGUGAGCAGCGCGGAGGCGAUGCUCCACUUUUUCACUAACAGCGCUGCCGAUGCGCCUGCGCCCGCCUCCGAUCCAACGUUGCAGAGGCCAGCGCGCGAAGUGUUCUCGGCUCGACGUAGUUGCACACUCUCAGCCGCAGCAUCAUCACACGUGCCCUUGGCAGCAACGGUGCCACUCGUCCCUGCGUCUUCCACCGCUGCCACGCACACCGGUGGGCCAGUUGUGCUCGAGGUGAUCAUGGACAGGCGCGCGAGGGGGCUGUCGCUGGCGGCAGACGUCACCGUGUCCCCCAUGAGCCCCUCCACGUGCCUCAGUCAAAGUCCGAUGCGUGCGCGUCCUCCUCAGGCGUACGCAGCCCCGACAGCUGUGUGGGCCAGGUACGUGCAGGAACAGCAGCUGGUGCGCUGCGUCAGGGACAGGGGCGUCACCAAAGAUGACGACGGUGAGCGCGCCUUGUAUACAUCGUUCGCGACCCCAGUAAGAGACGGCGGCGCCGCCACCCAGGUGAACCCAGAUCAAAGCGGUUGCUCUCGGCGUCGCUGGGAACAUGCGGAGGACUACGCAGGGCAGCAUGUCAGCGCGCCUUCAGCGCCGCUCCUCAUCACGCGACUACCACUGGAGUGUGGCCCUGGCGUGUGGACGUCAUCGCCGCGUGACGCACACGGCGCCGUGCAUGUGGUGGCCACAACAACGCCGCCGUGCUCACGCCCGGCACCGGCAAAGCUGGCCGACGCCUUUUCCCACUCGGCCCGCACGGGCGACGUCGUGCGCUUGCCAACGACGGUGGCGGAGCUCCUGCAGCACCCGCAGCACACGCGCCUCCCCCGCCCCACUUCCACCAUUUCUGUGAGCCCGAUGAAGCGGUUGUCGUGCGACUUGGCUGAGGAUCGUCACGCGCUCCGUCAGCAGCCCGCCCCGUACAGGUACGUGGACGUCUUCUACGGGAACAGAGAGCAGCCACCCCGCCGCAACGCUCAAGCGCUGCCCCCUUCAACCAGCGUGUUAGUGCAGCCUUAUUCGACUUCCAGCUCCGCCUUCAUUGCCGCGCGCUGCGCAGCCGUGCGCGAGCGCGAAAUCCAGCAGGAGCUACGGCAGCACCUGCAAGCGCCAUCACCGUCGCAGGCACGUCGAGCGCCACCGUCGCCGUCCCCAGCCCGUGCAGGUCGCACUGCAGCAUCGCGACGGGCGUCAAGCACGAAGUUUCCCUCCGCUCUCCUCACAACGGCGGCGGCAGCGGCAGGAGACGUGGAGGAGGUGCUGACAGAUGAAUCGGCGGAGCCGGAAGACUUCUACUUCGACGACGAUGAUGCCUUCAUGCCGCGGUCGACGGCAGUAGCGAGUCGAGUCGGACGUCAUCGCGCAGUAGAGCUGCGCCGCCAACAGCUACAGCAGUCUUGUCGUGGCGCAAUGCGCCCCACUGCCCGGCCUCCCGCGUCCCCACCAGCCCCACUGUCGUAUCAACAGCAUCGGCAGAGUACGUCAGACGCGGCGAGUAGGAACCACGGCGACGAUGGAAACCGUGUACCGCCACCUGGCGGCCGUAGGCUCCCUGCCCCCUCCCUUUCUGCUCGCACGUCGUCGUUCUCUCUGCGCCGGGGAUUGAUGGCCACACCGUUGACGUCACCAUUGACGGGUGCUGUGCCUGCUGGCGCUGGAGGAGGCGCCAGCAGGCCCGUGGGGUUCAUCCAACCACAACAUCCUCCGCAGCGGACGGGUGCGGAACAGCAGUGGGGGCAACGCCAUCCGAAACAGCGGCGAGCGCAUCCACUGGCAUGA